AUGCAGGCCAUCACCCCCAUUACGCCUCUGGAGGCGGGUGGCGAGAUGUUCCAACGAGCAAAGACACCCUCAGUAUUCGAUGUGCGGUCAUCACAAGCACGACCGAUAUCUCAAGUGUCAGAAGCGACGGAAAUCUUCGACACCGACUUUGAAGAUGAGAGCGAUUAUGAAGGCAACUCUCCCAAGCCAAGCUUCGACUCUGAGGACAGCAGAAGAAGAAGUCAAACGACGAUAUCGUCGUAUGACGAGGCUCCAACACCAAGCCCUCGUUCCAGCCAACAGAGAGCCCCGUUCGACCUCAGACUUCGACCGGUUGAAGGCCCAAAAGGACCUCAUCUGUUCCGGUCAUCUCAAGUUUCGGCUGAGUUUGACUACGACUACGCUUUGCAAAUGUCACCGAUGUUACCAAAGGAAAUCUCGUUCCGAGCUCAAACUGCAUUCAGCGAAGACACCGCAACUCCCGUGACCUCGUACCAUCCAGCCUACUCGCUCGACACCGCUCUUCGGCAACCCGAACCGGAAGUCUUUGACCCUGAGGCUCACAUUCGGUCUUGGUCAACACAGCAAGUCAUCGACUGGAUGUAUGAGACUGGCAUCGAUUCUUCAGUCAUCGAAUGCUUCGACAUUCACGACAUCAACGGCGCUGUUCUCCUCGACCUACAGUUUGAUGACCUGCGAGAGCUCGACAUUCAAUCCUUCGGCAAGCGACAUCAGCUGUGGAACGCCAUCUGCCUUUUGCGAGGCGAGGAUGGCCACAUCAGCCCACAGCAGACACCUUUCCAGGAUAUUGACCGACCAUGCACUGCUCCACCGCCGAGGACCUCAAGCAUGAGAAGGUCACCCAGCCGUGGCCGUAUUUGCUCAACACCGGUCGAGGGAAUGCAAAGGCCCACUACUCCCACUGGAGGCAAGAAACGACGGGGUCGCAAGGCAUCAAAGACGAGAGACAUCAUCACACCAGCCGAGUCAGUCUCCAUCGUCGCUAUCGAACAGCUCAUACCAAAGCCACACAAGUGUGCCAAGGGAGAGCGUUGCGCGAAGUGGCGAAAACAGCAGAGAGAGCUCAAGCAACUUCAAGAUGAACAUGGCAUUGGACGCUUCCCCAUCAGCCCAUCCAAAGGUGGCCGCAUCUUCGUCGCUGGCGACCCAGGUAACGCUUCGACUGCGGAGAACAUCAUCCCCAACGUCCACAAGCAGUCCGAGCCUCAAGCACAAGUUGUUGAGGAUGAAGUUCGCCCUGUUUCUGAAGCUCAGCCGUCUGUCGUCGCUUCAUCAGAUCUUCUCGGUCCUGGUCAAGUGCCUGAGUUUGCUCUGCAUGAAGACAUGCUCAACCAACUCGGAUCACGUAACCCUCAAGACAACGUCAAGGAGUUCCUACACUUCCAGCACAUGCAUUCACCUACCGAGCCGCCACACACGCACUACGGACCACCAAGUCCACCACUGGAAAUGUUCCCUUCCAACUCAUUCACGCCAUUCGGUGCUCAGCAGGCUCAACCACCUCUGCAGCCACCACGACACACUGCCGCUCCACCUGAACAGCUCCGAAGCCUCCCACGACUGGACAUCCCCCGUUCCGCCAGCGCAGACCCCCAACUCCACACAGUCGUCACCCCUGAACCAGCAACAUCAAUCUGCCGCAGCGCCACAGCCUCACCAGGCGUGCAAAUGAUCUACCGCCUCGGCACGCCGGCCUCAGAAGUGGACGUCCCCAUGUGCGGACCACCAACAGAUCCUCUGGCCAGGGAUACAUCCCAAUCCGUCCCACCAAACAUGCAAUACCGUCCCCAACAACCCCUCGCCCGCACCCACUCCCGAUCAAGCGAAGCAGCGCCCUCCUGGCGCCGCCCCUCAAUGCAACUCCCCGCCGUCAAAGAAAACGAAGUCUUCUCCCCAACCACCACCUCCUCCAACCCCAAACGCAACAACAACCGCCCCAGCUUAACCCCCACGAACAUCGCGCGCGCCAACUCCACCACCAUCCGGGACCCAGCCCACGACUCGCCGAAAACGCAACACUUCGGCUACGGCGCCUCCUGCUCCCACUCGGGCUGGAUGAAAAAGCGCAAAACCAAAAUGCUCCGCCACGAAUGGACCGACGCGCACUUCCGCCUCAAGGGCACGCAGCUCGCCAUGCACGCCAACGCGCGCCUGUCGGCCGCCGAACUCGACUCCUUCAACGUCGACGACUACGCCGUCGCCUGCAGCAGCGUGCCGUCCAACAGCAAACUCUCCGCCGCGAUGAAGGCGCUGAGCAUCAAGACGGAUCACCACAAUGUCAAAGAUGGCACGGCGUUUGCGUUCCAGCUGAUUCCUUCGGCGGAGAAGGCUGGCAGUCCGAAUGGCAAGAAGGAGGUUUCUUCGAAGGAUGGCAAGACGCAUCACUUUGCUGUCAAGAGCAAGGAUGAGCGCAUCGAGUGGAUGAGGGAGUUGAUGAUUGCCAAGGCGUUGCAGCAGAAGGGACGCGGGUUUGAGGUCGAGGUUAAUGGGGUUGUGCAGCGUUGA